CGUCGGUGAGGGCGUCGACGUCUGCGUCGCGGGAGCAUGCAGCGGCGGCGACAUGCCGCGCCCCAGCCGCGACUCGUACGGCGACCAGAAGCCGCCCUACUCGUACAUCUCGCUGACGGCGAUGGCCAUCUGGAGCUCGCCCGAGAAGAUGCUGCCGCUGGCGGACAUCUACCGCUUCAUCACCGACCGCUUCCCGUACUACCGGCGCAACACGCAGCGCUGGCAGAACUCGCUGCGGCACAACCUCUCCUUCAACGACUGCUUCGUCAAAGUGCCGCGCCGGCCCGACAGGCCGGGCAAGGGCGCCUACUGGACGCUGCACCCGGCAGCCAUCAACAUGUUCGAGAACGGCUCCUUCCUGCGCCGCCGGAAGAGGUUCAAACUCCCUAAGGUGGAGAAGGAGGCCCUGGAGGCGGGGCUGGCGAGCAUGGCGUCCUCGCUGCACCCGGUGGGCGCGGGCGGCGCGCCGGCCACCACGCUGCCGCGGGCGCUGGCGGCGCCCCCCAAGUCGUUCAGCAUCGACAGCAUCAUCCAGCAGGACGCGCCGCCCCCAGCCGCCCCCCUGCCGCCGCCCGCGCUGCCCGUCAUGCCCACACCUCUAGAUUUCAACCGGCUGGUGCUGUCGACGCUGCAGACGGAGCGGGCGUCGCGCUGCUCGUCGGGGCUGUGCCCCGCAGCGGCGGCGGCCGUGGCGGCGUCCUACGUGUCGGCGUGCCUGCACCACCCGCCCCCGCAGCCGCCCCCGCCGCCCCCGGCCGUGUGGCUGCCGCCGCUGGCGCCGCAGUCGUACCCCUACCCGUACUCGUACCUGCACGCGGCCACGCUGUACGCCGCCGCGCUCGGCCUCCUGGGGCCCGCCGCCGCCUCCACGACGGCCGCCGGCGCCGCGGCGCUGCCCAAGGCGCCGCCCCUCAAGCCGCACGCGCUGCCGCCCCCGGCGCACGGACUCGCGCUGCCGCCGCCCGCGCCGCCGGCCACUCCCUUCCUCGACGUCGUCGACUCCAGUUCCAACAGCUCCACCGACUUGUUCGCCGCACACGUCAAGUCCGAGCUCUAGAACACGACCGUAGAGGAGCUCGGCUGAGAGGAACAUUGGUAUCUGAGGGUGAGUUACAGACUUGUAUCAGUGUUUUCUGUGUCCAGUUAUACCUGAGCUGUGGAAGUGUAGCGCCGGAAUGAUAACUACGUUGUGGUGUUCCUGUGAGUGCAUCACAAUCAGUCUCCACCACAGAAGCUUGAUGUGCUGGGAAUCGCUGUAC